AUGGCGAGCCUCAACGUGCUGCUCCUCCCUGAGCCCGGCUCCGGCCACCUCAUGUCGCUCAUCGAAGCCGGGAAGCGCCUGCUCGGCCACGGCGCCGGCGGCGGAGACGACGAGGACCUCGGCCGAGAGUUCACGGUGACCGUCCUCGUCGUGCGGCCGCCGACGCCAGAGUCGGCGUCCGAGGUGGGGGCGCACGUCCGGCGCGUCGCGGCGUCCGGCGUUGGCAUCCGGUUCCACCACCUCCCGGCCGUGGAUCCCCCCGCGGACUGCGCCGGCAACCUGCAGGAGUUCAAGUCGCGCUACCUGGAGCUCUACAAGCCCCACGUGGAGGCCGCGGCGCGGGAGCUCGGCGCCGCGGCGCUCGUGGUCGACUUCUUCGCCACCACCGUGCUCGACGUAGCGCGCGCGCUCGCCGUGCCGACGUACGUCUACUUCACCUCCACCGCCGCGCUGCUCGCGCUCACGCUGAGGCUGCCGGCCCUCGACGAGACGGUCGCCGUCGACUUCGAGACGUUCGAGGGCACGGUGGACGUCCCGGGCCUGCCGCCCGUGCCCGCGGGAAACAUCCCCGGGUUCCUGGGACGCAAGGACAGCCCCAACUUCACGUGGUUCGUGUACCACGGCAGACGUUUCAUGGACGCGGACGGCAUCAUCGUCAACACGGUGACCCAGCUCGAGCCGGGGCUUCUCACCGCCAUCGCCGAAGGCCGGUGCAUGCCGGGACGACCGGCGCCGCCGCUGUACCCGAUCGGCCCGGUGCUGAACCUCGGUGUGGAAAAUGCGUCCGACGACGAGGCGUGCGUCCGGUGGCUCGACUCGCAGCCGCGGGCGUCGGUGGUGUUCCUCUGCUUCGGGAGCCUGGGCUGGUUCGACGCCGCCAAGGCGCGCGAGGUCGCCACGGGGCUGGAGCGGAGCGGCCACCGGUUCCUGUGGGCGCUGCGCGGCCCUCCCGCGGCGGGCUCGCGGCACCCGUCGUACGCCGACCUAGACGAGCUCCUCCCCGCGGGGUUCCUGGAGCGGACCAAGGACAGGGGCCUCGUGUGGCCUCGGUGGGCGCCGCAGAAGGCGGUGCUCUCCCACGGGGCCGUGGGCGGCUUCGUGACCCACUGCGGGUGGAACUCGACGAUGGAGAGCCUGUGGCACGGCGUGCCGCUGGUGCCGUGGCCACUGUACUCGGAGCAGCACCUGAACGCGUUCGAGCUCGUGUCCGUCAUGGGCGUGGCCGUGGCCAUGGAGGUGGACAGGAAGCGUGACAACUUCGUCGAGGCCGCGGAGCUGGAGCGGGCGGUGAGGGCCCUGAUGGGCGGCGGCGAGGAGGGGCGGAAGGCGCGGGAGAAGGCCGCGGAGAUGAAGGCCGCGUGCCGCAAGGCCGUGGAGGCGGGCGGGUCGUCGUACAUGGCGCUGGAGAGGCUGCGUGAUGCGAUUCGCAAGGGUGCAAGUGCGACAGCCGCUCAUUCGAAAGCGCCGCUCAUUUGA